AUGUUAUGGUCUGACCGCCGCUGCGCUUCUUCCAGCCUUGCCCGCCGCGUCGUGGAUGCCGGUGCAGCAGAUUUCAAUCCUUUAGACAAGCAAGACUAUACCGACCGGUCGCGGCAUUACGCUGAGAAUGUAGCCCAUCGACCACUGGGACCACCGGCGUUGCCUGUUACCCUUCCGCGUGCUUUCGGCAAUCCUGCCUCGGUUAUUGAUGCUCCCACGAUAACAAACGCAGAAAUCCAAGCGGCGCGUCGAAUCGCAAAAACCAACGGUACUCUGUACGAAGAUAUGCGGACACAAGAACAAGAAGAUCUUAUCGUACAAUUCAACCAGACACAAGCAUCGGCUUGA